AUGGCAUCUUCUGAAACACCAUCAUCACAACCCCCAUCACAAGAAGCUUCUUCAACUCCUAAUUUAGUUCAACAUAAUGUUAGACAAAAGACUGAUAUAGCUUGGGCACAUUGUACUAAAAGUCCUGAUGGAAAAAGUCUUGUUUGUAUUUGUUGUCACAAAGCGUUUGGUGGAGGUGGAAUUCAUAGGGAAAAGCAACACUUAGCUGGAGUAGUAGGAAAUGUUGAAAUUUGUAAAUUAGUUCCUACAGAAAUUCGUUUUCGGAUGAAUCAAUAUCUUAAUGAGCGGAGCAAGGAAAGAAAAACUCCAGAUGUGGCUGAAAGUGAGUCAUUUUCUACAGAGGGGGGUGAAUUGAAAAUGCAAAUGCACCCACGAAUUGGUGCAUCUAAAAAGAAUGAUGCUCACAUUGGUACUUAUUUUUUACCCAGAACAACUCUGGGAGCUCAACCUACUUUAAAAAGUGUGAUGCAAAGUAAAGAAGUGGUAGAAAAGUGUGAUCUUGCUAUUGUGAAGUGGUUUAUUGAUGCGUUUAUUCCUUUCAAUGCUGCAAAUUCUCCUUAUUUUCAACCAGCAGUUGAUGCUCUUUGUUGUAUGUGUGCUGGAUACAAAGUUCCUACUAUGCAUGCUCUUCGUGGUAAUUUGUUAAAUAAGUGGGUUGAUGACGUGAAGAUACAGCUAGAGCAAUAUCGUUCUAUUUGGAAGGAUACAAGUUGUACUCUUAUGGCAGAUGGGUGGACUGAUCGUUGUAGAAGAACUCUUAUCAACUUUUUAGUUUAUUGCCCCAAAGGAACUGUUUUCAUAAAGUCUGUUGAUGCCUCUGGUGCUUCUAAAACUGCAGACACAUUGUUUAAGCUUUUCAAGGAAGUAGUGUUGUAUGUUGGCCCAGAAAACGUUGUUCAAAUUGUUACAGAUAAUGCUGCAAAUUAUGUUGCUGCAGGAAAGUUGUUGGAAAAGGAGUUUCCUAAGUUGUAUUGGUCUCCUUGUGUAGCACACUGUAUUAAUUUGAUGUUGCAAGACAUGGGGAAAUUAGAGGAAGUAAGUGGGACAGUGUCACAUGCUUAA